AAAUAAUUCAAAUGUAAGUAAAUUUGGACGGUUAGUUUUUCUUCUUUCACGAAUUAUAAUCAUAAUUUUUUGUACGAGAAUUCAUCAAUAGACAGCCAUAAUGAGAGGCUUAUGAAAUCCAAGAGGCAUCAUCUUCAGAAAAAUGGCAAUCGUAUUGGAAACCACCGUUGGUGAUAUGACCAUAGAUUUGUUCACAAAUGAACGUCCCAUAACUUGUAAGAAUUUCCUGAAAUUAUGCAAAUCAAAAUAUUACCACUUCUGUUUGUUUCAUUCGAUACAAAGUAAUUUCAUCGCACAGACUGGAGAUCCUACAGGAACAGGAAGCGGCGGCGAAUCAAUUUUUAUGCAUUUGAAAGGCGAACAAGGAAAAUAUUUUAGUGGCGAAAAACUACCACGCAUGAAACACGACAGAGCUGGAUUAGUAUCUAUGGUGAACUGCGGUGAUAAUUUAGUUGGAUCUCAAUUUUUUAUAACGUUGGCCCCAGAUCUGUAUUCUUUGGAUGAACACGUUAUUUUUGGUGAAAUUACUGAAGGAUUGGAAGUUUUGUUGAAAUUGAACGAGGCAGUUUGCGAUCAUGAAAAUCGACCUUAUCAAGAUAUUAGAAUCACGCAUACUGUCAUCUUGGAAGAUCCUUACGACGACAUUCCAGGCAUAUGUUAUCCGGAUUAUUCGCCCGAACCGACUGCCGAAAUUUUGCAGACCGAUCGAUUGGCUGCUGAUGAAGAAAUAUUCGACGAUGCCAAUAUUUCUAUGGCAGAAGUAGAAGAAAUGAAAGCUGAACAAGAAGCUGAAGCUCGAGCAACCAUUUUAGAAAUCGUCGGAGAUAUACCCGAUAAAGACAUAGCUCCCCCCGAGAAUGUUUUAUUUGUGUGUAAAUUGAAUCCGCUUACUACUGACGAAGAUUUGGAAAUGAUUUUCCGUAGAUUCGGUACAAUCGUAAGCUGCGAAGUGAUACGAGAUAAAGAAUCUGGAGACUCUUUGCAGUACGCGUUUAUCGAAUUCGAUAAUAAGAAAUCUUGCGAAGAUGCCUAUUUGAAAAUGGAUAACGUUCUCAUUGACGAUCGCAGAAUACACGUAGAUUUCAGUCAGAGUGUAGCAAAAAUGAGAUGGAGAGGAAAAGGACGAGGAAUCGAUUAUUUUGAUGAUAAAAAAGAAGUAAAUAAGAAGUAUCGGAAUGAAGAAGGUGUUAGAAAUCGAGGUGAUCGGUUCAAAAGAAGAUACUCGAGGAGCCCUGACAGAAGUUCGCGUAACAAUCACGGAUCUAAAACUGACCAAGAAGACAGGCGAAAGCGUCGUUCGCGCAGCAGAUCCCAACAACGAUACCACUCCAAAUCACGACAUCGAUCGAGAAGCAGAGAUCACGGGAAAAAGUCGAAAUAUCGGUAUAGAUCUAACGAUAAACGAGAGGAGAAACGUAGAAGUGACAAACAUGCGAGGCACAGAGAUAGAAGAUGAAUAGUGAUAGUGAACACAUUUUUGAUUUUCUAAAUUCACGAUGUACUUAUGUGUUUGUUUUUUGUUUGAAAAUAACUAAAAUAAGUUUUGUGUACUUGAAGUUGUGAUUUUUCAAUGAAAAUAUUCUAUUCAAUUUGAAA